CGGAGGAGCCCGCGCGGGAGCCGCCGGCAUGACGGGCCGCGUGUGCCGCGCCUGCGGCGGGACGGACAUCGAGCUGGACACGGCGCGCGGGGACGCCGUGUGCACCGGCUGCGGCUCGGUGCUCGAGGACAACAUCAUCGUGUCCGAGGUGCAGUUCGUGGAGAACAGCGGCGGCGGCUCGUCGGCGGUCGGCCAGUUCGUGUCCCUGGACGGUGCCGGCAAAACCCCAACCCUGGGCGGCGGCUUCCAUGUGAACCUGGGAAAGGAGUCAAGAGCACAGACCCUGCAGAACGGGAGGCGCCAGAUCCACCACCUGGGGAACCAGCUGCAGCUCAACCAGCACUGCCUGGACACAGCCUUCAACUUCUUCAAGAUGGCCGUGAGCAAGCACCUGACGCGCGGCCGCAAGAUGGCCCACGUGAUCGCGGCCUGCCUCUACCUGGUGUGCCGCACGGAGGGCACGCCGCACAUGCUCCUCGACCUCAGUGACCUGCUCCAGGUGAACGUUUACGUGCUGGGGAAGACGUUCCUUCUUCUGGCAAGAGAGCUCUGCAUCAACGCGCCGGCGAUAGACCCGUGCCUCUACAUCCCCCGCUUUGCCCACCUGCUGGAGUUCGGUGAGAAGAACCACGAGGUGUCCAUGACAGCCCUGAGGCUCUUGCAGAGGAUGAAGAGGGAUUGGAUGCACACCGGCCGGCGGCCCUCGGGCCUCUGCGGAGCGGCACUUCUGGUUGCAGCCAGGAUGCACGAUUUCCGGAGAACCGUCAAAGAGGUCAUCAGCGUGGUCAAGGUGUGCGAGUCCACGCUGCGGAAGAGGCUGACGGAGUUUGAAGACACACCCACGAGCCAGCUGACCGUGGACGAGUUCAUGAGGAUCGACCUGGAGGGGGAGUGUGACCCCCCUUCGUACACAGCCGGGCAGCGGAAGCUGCGCAUGAAGCAGCUUGAACAAGUUCUGUCCAAGAAACUGGAGGAAGUCGAAGGUGAGAUAUCCAGCUACCAGGAUGCCAUCGAGAUCGAGCUGGAGAACAGCCGGCCGAAGGCGAAGGGCGCCCUCGCCACCCUGACUCGGGACGGCUCUGUCGAGGACACCACGUCCAGCUUAUUUGGUGAGGAGGACCCCGAGGACGAGGAGCUGGAGGCUGUGGCCAGCCACCUGAACAAGGACUUUUACCAGGAGCUCCUUGGUGACAGCAUUUCCAGCAGCUCUGAGGUGGCAGGAGGCGCCGAGGGUGGCAGCAGGCCCCCUGCCCUGGAGUCCCUGCUGGGGCCCCUGCCCACUGCAGCCAGCCUGGGCAUCUCAGACUCCAUUCGAGAGUGUAUCUCCUCCCAGAGCCAGGACCCCACGGACCCGUGUGGGGACGGCGAGCUGGACCUCAGUGGCAUCGAUGACUUGGAGAUUGACAGGUACAUCCUGAACGAGGCGGAAGCCCGCGUGAAGGCCGAGCUGUGGAUGCGGGAGAAUGCGGAGUACCUGCGGGAGCAGAGGGAGAAAGAAGCAAGAAUAGCGAAGGAGAAGGAGCUCGGCAUCUACAAGGAGCACAAGCCCAAGAAGUCUUGCAAGCGACGGGAGCCGAUCCAGGCCAGCACGGCCGGGGAGGCCAUUGAGAAGAUGUUAGAGCAGAAGAAAAUCUCCAGCAAGAUCAACUACAGCGUGCUCAGGGAUCUCAACAGCAAGGGCGGGGGCAGCGUGCCGGGGGAGGACACGAGGGCCGAGGAGCGCGCCAGCGCCCGGAAGCUGUCUCGGAGGAAGACACCUGCCAGCAGGAGCGGGGCUGACCCCGUGACCAGCGUGGGGAAGAGGUUGAGGCUGAUGGUGUCUGCGCAGCCAGCCAAGAAAGCGGCAGUGGGAGAGACGGUGCUCCCGAGCCCGCCCGCCCUGGGAGCCGAGGCUGUCAGGCCCGCAGCAGUGGUGGAGAGCGGCCCGGUGUCGUACCACCCCGAGGAGGACCCCGACGACGAGGACCCCGAUGAGGAGGAUGGGGAGCCCUGUGUCAGCGCCCUGCAGAUGAUGGGCAGCAACGAUUACGGCUGUGACGGUGAGGAGGACGAUGGGUACUGAGCCGCGGCCCCGCAGCCGGUGACGUCUGGCCGUGGGCCCUGCUGUGUCUGGUGGGGAUCAGAUGGGGCCUCAGGUGGCCCGCCUGCCCCGCAGCCCUCGCCGCAGCCACUCCACGCCUCCGUGGCACUUGCUGCCAGGACCACGUCUGGAGCACCGUAAGGCGCUGGACCAGUGUCUGUGCGUCCGGCCGGACGUGGGGCUUACAGCCCAGGGACGCUCACAGGAGGCUCGGUCCAGUCCCCUGGACGGACCCUGAGGCACGAGGAGGCCCGCUCUUGGAAGUGAGUGUGGGCCGGGGGGCUGUGGUACCCCGCUGUCCGCCCUUACGGGGCCAGGCGCCUGGGCGCCCACCCCUCCGCAGGGCUGAGGAACGCUGCACCCACUCCCCCCCACCCCGCUGCUGCGUCUUCAGCCAGACCCCGGACUCUCCUGCGCCUGGCCCCAGCGUAGCCAGCCAGCGAACUGAGUCAGCAGCACUGCUCAGCAGACGUGGGACAGUGGGCUCCACUGCGCCCAGGUGCACAGCCGCCCUGGGUGGUGCCCUGCGCCGCCGUGUGGCCGGCCUGGAUGUCGGGCUGGCCCUGCUGCACGGAGCCGGAGCCAGGCGGAGCGGGAGGUGCUUCUUGUUCGAGCCGGAGCCUGGCCCAGUGUCCACAGGGGCACAGCAGGCAGAGGGUCCUCAAGCCCAGCUACUCUUCUGGUUGGUUCCUGCCACCCUCAGCUGCCCCUCGGGGCCAGGCCUCAUCUCUGAAGGCUCAGGGACCACUUUCCAGGUCUCAGCGUGGGCAUCAUUGCUCUGGACACGGCCAGGGAGGCAGGGCAGAUGCUCGUGGCCCUCGAGACGCCAUCCGUGGUCACCCCACCCCCUACAGUGGCAGAGCCAGGCCAUACUGCGUUCCCAGGGCCCAGCCCUCCGUCUCCGGGGUGGGCCAGGACCCUCCCAGAGUGCAGCAGAGUCUGCAGGUAGGGGAUUUUCAGGUCCUUGGCUGCACCUGCCUGGACCCUGGGGCCCCUAGAAGGCUGGACAGGAGAGUGGGUUUAGUGAAAUAGAAAGAUCCAUCACUUGAGCAGAAA